CGGAUAUUUGACUUCAAUAUACAGCCCAAACAUACCAACGAGAAACGACAACCCUGUGCAUAGUCGAAUAUAACAUCUCAACAAUUGGGCGAAGCUGUACAGACUCUUCCUUUACAGUUAUCUUGUCCCAUAUAGCCACGAAGAUAGCAACAUUGUCUGCUAUCACCCCACUUUCAGAGAGCAGCCGCCUCCGACACGCGAUCAGGACAGACCCUCUCACCACCGCACUCGAAGCCAAAGCGGAUUUAAUAGCUGCCUCGAGCUCAACUAGCGGUGUCUUCAACUUGGCACGUUAGAUCCCCAAUAGCUUCUCAGCAUGGCCGAAGGCAUAGAUAAGACGGAGGAGCUCUACCCAAUAGCUGUGCUCAUUGACGAGUUGAAGCACGACGACGUUUUGCUUCGAUUGAAUGCAAUCCAUAGACUUUCGACAAUCGCUCUCGCGCUUGGCCCAGAACGCACAAGAGACGAGCUGAUCCCCUUCUUAGAUGAGUCCGUAGAGGAUGAGGACGAAGUUCUUACGGCGUUGAGCGCAGAGCUCGGGAACUUCGUGGAGUACGUUGGGGGUCCAGAGUGGGGUCAUGUUCUACUUUCACCUCUCGAGAAUCUUGCUGCGAUCGAAGAACCGCUUGUCCGUGACAAGGCAGUGGAGUCGUUGAAUAAGAUUUGCGAGGAGUUGUCACCAAACCAGGUCGAGGAGUACUUCAUUCCACUUACGAUCCGACUUUCCAAGGCCGACUGGUUCACAUCAAAAAUCUCGGCCACCGGCCUCUAUAAUGUUCCAUACAAGAAGGCUUCGCCCCCGAUGCAGGAGCAACUGCGCCAGCAGUUUGGACUCCUUGUCCACGACGAGACGCCGAUGGUGAGAAGACAGUCAUCAAACAACCUGUCAAAGUUUGUCAAGGAGAUGCCUGCAACGAUUGUUGUCGAAGAAAUGAUACCCCUUUUCCAGCACCUCGCGAAUGACGACCAGGACAGUGUUAGGUUAUUGACGGUAGAGAUUUUAAUCGCAAUUGCGGAAGUUGUGCCAAAAGAGCAGCAGUCGAGCCACGGAGUUCUCUUGACUUCUUUGAGAAGCCUCAUCGAAGACAAGAGCUGGAGGGUGCGCUAUAUGGUUGCGGAUAGAUUUGAGAAGAUCGCGAAAGCAGUAGAUGACGAGGUUGUCACAAGGGACCUUGUCCCAGCAUUUGUUAAAUUGCUGAAGGACAGCGAGGCGGAGGUUAGAACUGCCAUUGCAGGACAAAUCCCCGGCUUCUGUCUUCUGUUAGACAGGGCCACCCUGCUUAACGAUAUUAUGGCUACGGUCGAGGACCUGGUCUCCGACAGCUCUCAGCACGUCCGUGCUGCUCUUGGCACGCAGAUCAGCGGCCUUGCUCCGAUACUUGGCAAGCAAGAGACCAUCGAUCACCUUCUCCCCAUGUUCCUCCAAAUGCUCAAGGACGAAUUCCCCGACGUCCGCCUCCACAUCAUCUCCAAGCUCGAACUCGUCAACCAGGUUAUUGGCAUCGACCUCCUGUCGCAAUCUCUCCUCCCAGCUAUUGUGCAGCUCGCUGAGGAUAAGCAAUGGCGCGUCAGACUGGCCAUCAUUGAGUAUAUCCCACUCCUUGCUAGCCAGCUGGGCGUGAAAUUCUUCGAUGAACAACUCUCCUCGCUGUGCAUGGCCUGGUUGGGUGACACCGUAUUUUCUAUCCGUGAAGCCGCCACGCACAACCUCAAGAAGCUUACUGAGGUGUUUGGCGUCGAGUGGGCAAAUGAGGCCAUCAUUCCUAAGGUUAUGGCUAUGGGCGCACACCCCAACUACCUUUACCGCAUGACGACUUGCUUUGCUAUCUCUACCCUGUCAUCCGUUGUCAGCUUGGACGUCAUCUCCCAAUCCAUCCUCCCCAUGAUGGACAAGCUCGUCGAAGACGAGAUCCCCAACAUCCGCUUUAACGUCGCAAAGUCCUACGGCCAACUGAUCGAUGUUCUCAAGCGCCUCCCCAACGAAGGCACCAUCUACUCCAUCGAGAAGUCCGGCCUGUCCCCUACCCCGUCCCCCAAGGGCCUCGAGACCAUCCAAGAGCGCAUCCUCCCCAACCUCGAGAAGCUGCAGAAGGACGACGACGUCGACGUCCGCUACUUCGCCACGACGGCCGCGAGCGCCGUGUCCUCGGACGAGAUGCAGAUUUCGCAAUAGAUGAGGGAAGGAAGCGGGGUGGACAUAAAUCUGGGGAAAGCUGCUUGCCGCAGAGCGUUUUUAUCGAGAUAGCGGUUUGCUGUAGGGAGAGAGGGGGGAAGUCAAAUAAUGACAAUUCGUGACGUGAUUUUUCUCCUGGAAUGCUUGCAUGACAAAUGAUGUGGACGGCAUCUCUUGAGGGAGACAGACAGUUUUAUGUUUCCUAGUCGAUGAUGCUGCGUUCGCUGUUGUUUUUAGACCAGGAGCAGCAAUACCAGAACCGUUCUUGUUGCUAGAACUGUAAUGAGAGAUGCUAUAAAACCA